AUGAUGGAUUCUGAUGCUUCGUCAGACAAGGAGUAUGGACCGACGGAGUUUGACCAAAUGAUUCAAGAUGAGUUCUUCGAUUCGUCGGAUUCGGACGAAGAAGUGGAUAUGAUCAUGCUCAUGAGCAUGCAAGAGGAAAUGGACCGGCAAGCGGAGCAUAUUCUCAACUUCAAGGGCUCAAUCAAAGGGAGAAGAGUGAUCAACCGGGACAGGGUGUCCGGAGCAAAGCUACUGCACAAUGACUACUUUGCUCCCACACCUGCUUUCCCGGAUGAUCCAUGGUUUCGUCGCCAUUUUCAGAUGAGGAAACCAUUGUUUUUGUGCAUUGUGGAGGGAGUGGAGGCACAUGACGACUACUUCAAGCUGGGAAGGGAUUGCUGCGGCCAACUCUCUUUCUCGGCCAAGCAGAAGUGCAUGACUGCUAUCAGGAUGCUUGCACUUGCAGACGCCGUUGGAGAGAUGGUCAGGAUGGGGGAGAGCACGUGCCUCAAGACUACUGUCAAAUUUGCUCGCGCCGUGGUUGAGGUGUUUGGACCGGAGUAUCUCAGAGAACCAAAUACGCUGGGCACAGAGAAGUUGUUGGCUAUUGGAGAGGCAAGGGGGUUUCCAGGAAUGCUUGGAUCAAUUGAUUGCAUGCAUUGCCAAUGGAAAAACCGCCCUAAUGGUCUGCGGGGAAUGUAUCAAGGUCACACCAGAGAAACCACCAUCAUACUAGAAGCGGUGGCAUCACAUGACUUAUGGAUUUGGCAUGCUUUCUUUGGAAUGCCCGGUUCUCACAACGACAUCAACGUGCUUCAACGAUCUCUGGUGUUCAGGAGGCUUUGCAAUGGGGAAUCACUGCCGUGCAAUUACACCAUCAACGGCCGGGACUACAACAUGGGGUACUAUCUUGCCAAUGGUAUCUAUCCUCAGUGGGCGGCGUUUGUGAAGACCAUAUCCGAGCCGCAUAGCAAUAAACAGAGCCUCUUUGCAACAAUGCAGGAAGCGGCUAGGAAGGACGUGGAGAGGGCAUUUGGUGUGCUUCAAGCUCGUUGGGGAAUUGUGCGGAGCGCUGCAACAAUGUGGGAAUCAGAAACUUUAUGA